CCGCUACAACACACAUCUCGGCCGUCACGAAAAAUCCAAAACGAAUUUACAAACUGCAGUCCAACCACUAUUUUCACGACAUCAACCUCCUCGCUCCCAGUCAACCUCAGCGAAAAUGGCCGACUCAGUCACCCUCCGUACUCGCAAAUUCCAGCGGAAUCCCCUGCUUGCUCGCAAGCAGAUGGUCGCCGACAUCAUCCACCCCGACCAGGCCGGUAUCUCCAAGGUCAACCUCCAAGAGAAGCUCGCCUCCCUCUACAAGGCGACCCCCGAGCAGGUCAGCGUAUUUGGUCUGCGAACUGCCUUCGGUGGUGGCAAGACCACUGCUUUCGCUUGCAUCUACGACUCCGUUGAGGCCCGCAAGAAGUUCGAUGCCAAGCACCGCCUCGUCCGUGCUGGCCUAGCUACCAAGCCCGAGCGCGCAUCCCGACAACAGAGAAAGCAACGCAAGAACCGCAUGAAGACACUCCGCGGUACCGAGAAGACAAAGGGCAAGAAGGCGAAGAAGGAUUCAUAAACGGUUUCAUAUGGGUCAUAACGGUCAGGGAUAGGGAGCGAGACUAGCUACAUAGUCAAGUAGUGUUUCGUGAUCAAAGGCAAUGGCAUUUUCGCAUCUUCAUUGAUACCCCGGUAUCCGCCAACCGAUCCUGGAAUCCCUUCUUACGGAGUUGAAAAAAGGAAAAAUUAGUGACGAACUCUUUGCCAACCCACGCGAACUCCUCUAUUCCUUGCCGGUGCAUUGCAACUCGCUGUCUGUCGAAGUGCCGUAACGAAAGAUAGCACGACGGUACGAUUUAUUUUCGGAUGA